AUGUCGGGCACAUCGAAGCUGCGAUGGGCUCACUAUGACGGCGUCUACCAGCCCGCGCUGCACAUCCCCGCAGAGGAGAUUACCGAGACGGAGCUGCCGGCGGGCUACUCAGCCGUUUACCUGCUCGGACUCGACAGCACCGUAAUGGUGUCCAACGCGGACCUCAGCCCCUACGACCCCCAUGAUACGGCUAAGGCAUCGCACCCGGCGGUUGCUCUCGGUGUGGCCACGGCGCAGCAGAUUCUGGACGGGUUUCAGGCCAUCGAGGACGGCAGCACCGCAGAGACCCAGCACGCCCAGCAGUGGCCGCACAAUGACGAAGCAGAGGGGCCCUCGGGCACCUUCCUACUCGAGGACGACGACGAUGGCGGCCAUGCACACGGUCGCAGCAGCGCCAGCCGCAGCCGCCAUGAAGAGAAGCAGCAGCGAAAGCGGGAAAAGAAGGCGGCCAAGGAGGCGAGGAAGGCAACCAAGGCGGCCGUCAAGCGCGAGCGCGAGGAGAUCACGUCCGUGCCGGCGGUGCGGCACCGUGACGACGCAGAUAGCGACGGCGACAGUGAUGAUGAGCUUCUCGCGGCAAUGGCCAUCGAAAACAAGUACAGGCAGGAGCGCGAUCCCAGCUCGGCCAGCGGAGGCGAGAACGCCGGUGCAAGCAGCGGGAAGAAGAGCAAGUCGAAGAAGGAGCGCGACGACGGCGCGUGGGCAGCGCUCGAGGCAGACCUCUUCUCCGACGAGGAGGCCGGGGACGAAGAGAGCGAAGGCAACGACUCUGGCCAGUACGAUGCCGACAGCGCUUGGCGCCAGCAGCGAGGUGUCCGCGCUGGAAAGCGAAUGGGGCAGGCGCUGUCAGCGCUCAAUAUGACCCGGGCAGCGCCGGACAUUCCCGGUCUCUCAACGUCGUGCCCCUACGCGUACCCAUACCUGAUGGAGAUCGACUACGAGUACCGGCAGCUGGCGCAGGAGGCGGCCAACGAGGGGCUACUGCUCACAAAGCAAGAGGGCGAAGUUGUGCGCGAGAUUGACGCGGAGCUGCGCCGCAAGGCGGCGGAGCGGGUGUACCUUCAGUCGGUGCUGGAGCAGCGCCUUCAGCAACAGGAGAAGGGGCAGGAGGGAGUGGCGUCGACGGCUGCGAGCAACGAAGUGGAUGCGCUGUCGGAGGCAAUCAGGAAGUUGGACGCGCCGCCUAGUGUGGCUAAUGUGGUGCGCCGCCUUGUCUCCAAGCAGGUGUCGGCAUCUACCGCCGCGUUUGACCGCUAUGCCGCGGCGCGGGCGCGGCGUGCGGUGCAGCGGCGCACCCGCACCUUUCAGGACACGUCCGUCAUCACGCUGCUCGAACAGCUGCGCGCCGUCGCCGCGACACCGCGCGAGGACGCUGCGGAUGUGAUGCGCAAGUACGUCCAGCAGCGUCACCAGCAUGAGGAGAUGAAGUCCAACAUGCGUGGUCUCACAAAGACCGGCUUCUACGCGGUGCCGAAGCCGAUGGAGAAGUGGAGGCGCGGGCGGGACAUGAUGCUGCUCUUGAACGCCGGUGCAGAGGCGCAGAAGGUGCGGCCUACGUCCUACAUCUCGCAAACGUACUCGACGAUGCGGGAGCGCAUGCGAGACCACGCCGAGAAGUGCUUUGACCGCAUGGCUGUAGCAGCUCGCGACGGCGCCUCUUUCCUCGACCCGAACAGCUUCGCCGGCACCAGCACUGCAUUCAUGUCGUCCUCCUCCUCCACGCCCGCGGCGCUGCCGCUAUUGGCGCAGCAGCAUCUGAUCCAGCACCAGCAGCAGCAGAGCCGCCUGAACGCCGCCAAAGCGGUGCACCGGCGCGAAGCGUUUUUCCAGUUUCACAGCCUGCGCUGUGACACGGAGGCCCCGGUGACGCUCGAAUCCGUGCCCCUAAACGCCGGCUUUGCCGCGGCCAGCACGCUGGCGCCAGGAUUUCUAGAAUCGGUGGGCGAGACCGCAGCCCUGGGCAGUCGCGCUGCGUCUCUCGGCCGAGGAGGCGAGGACGCCUCAAUCCACACGGAGGAUGGCACGUCUCUGUCCUACUCCACGCACAGCGCAGCACCCAGCUCCUACCCCUAUCUGUUCGACCACGAACCGCGCUCGCGCCGUCCACACCAUCGUCGAAGCAGUCGGGGCAGCGUGAGCGGGCUCUCGUCGGAUGUGGAGGGGGCGUCUGUGAACACGUCUCGGGCGACGUCUGUGGCCUCGGCGUACAGCGGAAACGGCGAGGAUGACAAGGCCAAGGAGCACCGCCGCCGCGGCCGCUCUGCGGGCAAGCGCGGCGCGACAGCAGCAGCGACUGAGAACGGCGCCGCAGGCACCGCACCCGCGGACUGGCGCUCGAAUGCGAAGCGCAGUAUUAUGGAGCAGCUGACCCUCUACCGCCGUGGUAAGCACGGCAAGCCGGCAGUGCUGAACGACGAGCAGUGUCGCGAGAUGUGCCGGUUGCUUCUGGAUCGCGCCAUGCGUGCCGAGGCGGAGCGGCAGGGGAUGUCCCUCGCGGUUCAGUCGAACAACAUCGCGGCGCGCUUCACCAAGGUGACGGAGAAGCGGCUCAAGAAGAGCGUCGACCACUACCUGGAGAGGCAGCUGCAGCAGGGCACCUUAUUCUCCAAGUCAGCGACCUCUGCAGGGGGUGCGCUCGGCGCGUCCGCGGUUGGUGUCCUCGGUACGGGCGCAGUGCUGCCGCAAGACACAGCUGCCGAGGCACGCCAGCGCGCGGUGGCCGACACGCCUAUCUACGAGGAUUAG